AUGGCUAUCUGGGGCAAGGUGGAAAGUACUGGAAAGGAGCAAGGGAAGGAAGAAGGGAAGGAAGAAGGGAAGGAAGAAGGGAAGGAAGAAGGGAAGGAAGAAGGGAAGGAAGAAGGGAAGGAAGAAGGGAAGGAAGAAGGGAAGGAAGAAGGGAAGGAAGAAGGGAAGGAAGAAGGGAAGGAAGAAGGGAAGGAAGAAGGGAAGGAAGAAGGGAAGGAAGAAGGGAAGGAAGAAGGGAAGGAAGAAGGGAAGGAAGAAGGGAAGGAAGAAGGGAAGGAAGAAGGGAAGGAAGAAGGGAAGGAAGAAGGGAAGGAAGAAGGGAAGGAAGAAGGGAAGGAAGAAGGGAAGGAAGAAGGGAAGGAAGAAGGGAAGGAAGAAGGGAAGGAAGAAGGGAAGGAAGAAGGGAAGGAAGAAGGGAAGGAAGAAGGGAAGGAAGAAGGGAAGGAAGAAGGGAAGGAAGAAGGGAAGGAAGAAGGGAAGGAAGAAGGGAAGGAAGAAGGGAAGGAAGAAGGGAAGGAAGAAGGGAAGGAAGAAGGGAAGGAAGAAGGGAAGGAAGAAGGGAAGGAAGAAGGGAAGGAAGAAGGGAAGGAAGAAGGGAAGGAAGAAGGGAAGGAAGAAGGGAAGGAAGAAGGGAAGAGAAACUCAGAAAAUUUUUAG